GGAUGGACUACAACACUGAAUCAAUUACAAGACGCGGGGUUGGAGUCUAUUACAGUUGAAACUAGGAGGGAGCUGAAGAGUAAAGUCUGAGGAUAUAUUUUUCUUUUUCUCUGUAUAUAUUUUUUUAUUCCAUAUAACAUAUACUGGCAAAGGUUUCAGCAGCCAUGGUGCAUGUUCCAAGGACAUCCCUCAUUUUGGGAUGUAUCCUGCUUUUUGGUUUCUGGAGAAGUCACGCAGAACCUCUCUUACCCGUUAUAUUCCCUGAACAGGAUGAAAUGGUUGUGUUGCUUCAUUCUGCAUUUGAACUUAAAUGUACAGGAGAGAGUGAACUGAGCUGGCAGUUCCCAACAUUUGAAGAUGAAAAUAUAGAAAUCCGAAGUGAAGAAAACAACAGUGGCCUUUUUGUGUCUGUGCUUGAGGUGAAAAAUGCAUCUGGUACAGACACAGGACUAUACACCUGCUAUUACAAUCACACGCAGACUGAAGAGGAUGUUCAAGGCUCUAAUAUAUACAUAUAUGUUCCAGGCCCUGACAUUCGGCUAUGGUCUUUAAUCCCCUCUUCGAGGUUUGAGAACCUGAUUUUUGUAGAAGAAGAUGAUACAGCCAUUGUCCCAUGUCGUACCACAGACCCUAAUACCCAGGACUUUAAAAAUGCUUACGACUCCAGGAUAGUAAGUGCAUCAUAUGACAACAAGAAUGGCUUUGAAGGAAACUUGCCACCAGACACAUACAUUUGUGAGGCAGUGAUUAACGGGAUGGUGUUCGUCACACAUCCAUUCAUCCUGCAAACAGGAAAGUAUCCCAAUUUGGUGACCUUCGAAUGGUGUUGUGAGGUACAAGUUGAGGAGUUUAAAGUACCAUUCCAGAAACUUGUAUAUACUUUGACAAUCCCCAAAGUUACAGUGAAUGACUCCGGGGAUUAUGAGUGUGCAGUAAAACAGCCAAACCAAGAUACAAGCGAUGUAAAGAGGAUUACCAUUACAGUUUAUGAUAAAGGAUUUAUUAAUCUGGACCCUAAAUUUGGAACAGUGGAAUUUGCCACUCUCCAUGAGGUGAAAAGUUUCACAGUAGACAUGAAUGCGUACCCAGCCCCAAAGGUUUUCUGGCUGAAAGACAACCUGACCCUCAGCGAAAACAUGACCGAGAUUACCACAAGCACUUCCAGAAUUCACGAAGCCAAAUUCCAAAGUAAACUGAAUCUCAUACGAGCUAAGGAAGAGGACAGCGGACUCUAUACCCUUGUAGCACAAAAUGACGCAGAAAUAAAAACCUUCUCAUUUGAACUUUACAUUAAAGUUCCUGCUGUGAUUUUGGAAUUGGUUGAUGAUCACCACGGCUCAUCGGGCAAACAGACUGUAGGCUGCUUGGCUAAAGGAAUGCCAGUCCCUGAUCUCGAAUGGCUUGUUUGCAAGGAUAUUAAAAGGUGUAACAAUGAUACUUCAUGGACCAUACUUGGUGCCAAUGGCUCUGAAAUCAAUAUGGGGACACACAAGUUUGAAGUAAACACAGUAGAAAGCCAAGUGACCUUCAAGAAAGUGGAAGAGACCUUAGCCAUCCGAUGUAUUGCAAAAAAUGAUCUUGGCUUUGCUGCACGAGAGCUGAAACUAGUUGCACCCACGUUACGUUCUGAGCUAACAGUGGCAGCAGCAGUUCUGGUUUUGCUGGUGAUUGUCAUCAUAUCACUCAUUGUUCUUGUCAUUAUAUGGAAGCAGAAACCAAGGUAUGAAAUAAGAUGGCGAGUCAUUGAGUCCAUUAGCCCAGAUGGUCAUGAAUAUAUCUAUGUAGACCCAAUGCAAUUGCCAUAUGAUUCAAGAUGGGAAUUUCAAAGGGAUGGAUUAGUUCUUGGUCGAAUACUUGGAUCUGGUGCAUUUGGCAAAGUAGUUGAAGGUACUGCGUAUGGACUAAGUCGAUCCCAGCCUGUGAUGAAAGUAGCCGUAAAAAUGCUCAAGCCCACUGCUAGAACAAGUGAAAAACAAGCUUUAAUGUCUGAACUAAAAAUUAUGACUCAUCUUGGAGCUCAUUUGAACAUCGUGAAUCUAUUGGGAGCGUGUACGAAAUCAGGGCCUAUUUACAUCAUUACUGAGUACUGCUUCUAUGGAGACCUGGUGAAUUACUUACACAAAAAUAGGGAUAACUUUCAGACACGGCACCCAGAGAAACCGAAUAAGGACGUGGACAUCUUUGGAUUUAACCCUGUUGAUGAGAGCACACGGAGCUAUGUCAUUCUAUCAUUCGAAAACAACGGUGACUACAUGGAUAUGAAGCAAGCUGAUACCACCCAAUAUGUCCCAAUGCUUGAAAUGAAAGAGGCCUCAAAAUAUUCUGAUAUUCAGAGAUCUUUGUAUGACAGGCCUGCAUCAUACAAGAAGAAGCCAAUGUCAGAAGUGAAAAAUAUUCUCUCUGAUGAUGGUUUUGAGGGCCUCACACUGCUGGAUUUGCUAAGCUUCACUUACCAGGUCGCACGUGGAAUGGAAUUCUUAGCAUCUAAGAAUUGUGUGCAUCGGGAUUUGGCUGCUAGAAAUGUUCUUCUCGCUCAAGGCAAGAUUGUGAAGAUCUGUGAUUUUGGUCUGGCCAGAGACAUAAUGCAUGAUUCCAACUAUGUUUCAAAAGGCAGUACAUUCCUUCCAGUGAAGUGGAUGGCACCUGAGAGCAUAUUUGAUAACCUAUAUACAACUCUAAGUGACGUAUGGUCAUUUGGUAUUCUGCUCUGGGAAAUCUUUUCACUUGGAGGCACACCAUACCCAGGGAUGGUUGUAGAUUCUUCGUUUUACAACAAGAUUAAGAGUGGCUACAGAAUGGCAAAGCCUGACCAUGCGACCCAUGAAAUUUAUGACAUUAUGGUGAAGUGCUGGAACAGUGAACCAGAAAAAAGGCCGUCAUUCUACCAUCUGAGUGAAAUAGCUGAAAGCCUCCUUCCUGGGGAAUACAAAAAGUGCUAUGAGACGAUUCUUCAUGACUUCCUUAAAAGUGACCACCCAGCUGUCACUCGUAUGAGAAGUGAUAGUGACAAUUCAUACAUCGGAGUGACUUACAAGAAUGAAAACAAAAUGAAGGACAGAGAGAGUGGCUUUGAUGAGCAAAGACUCAGUGCUGACAGUGGUUAUAUUAUUCCCCUUCCUGACAUCGACCCUGUUUCAGAUGAUGAGUCGGGCAAAAGAAACAGACACAGCUCUCAGACCUCAGAGGAAAGUGCAAUUGAGACUGGUUCCAGCAGUUCCACAUUCAUUAAGCGAGGAGAUGAGACUAUUGAAGACAUUGAGAUGAUGGAUGAUAUUGGAAUAGAUUCCUCAGAUCUUGUGGAAGACAGUUUCCUGUAAGACAUCACAGAAGUAUUUUUGCAAAUAACUUCAUAAAACAAUAAGGGAAAUUCCGGUGAAACUAAGGAUUUCAAUUUUUCAUUUGGAAAACCACUUUUUAUUGCAUUAGACUAAAAGACGGUGAAAUGAUUGCCUUGCCAACUUAAUGGUACUUUUUAGGACUUAUUGAGUACCUCCAUCACAACUGUCAACUGGAAUUAAUGGUUGUGACAAAGACCAAUGUUUUAAGCUACUCCUCUCAGAACGUUUUUAUCAAGCGGUACCUUGUAGCAUCUCAUACAUGCACAUUUUUUUUUAUUUUUUUACAUAUGUGAAUGAACGUCAAUAGUAGCUCGUGUUUUCAAGGGCAUUCAUGAAUACGAAGAACUGUAAUCAUACUGCAGCUGAAUUUCAUCAUUGUAAUUAUGUAAAUACAAAGAAAUGAUGUAAACAUAUUAUUUGGACAUACAGAGAUGAGACCACUCCAGAGUUUUGUGUACGUCAUAAGAUUGGUUGCUGUUAAAACAAUCAUCAAACCCACUUAAAACCACUUUUGAAGGAUUUAAGACUUAUGGAAAUGAAAAUAUUUUAAUGAAACUUAUAAAACAAGACUGCAAAUACCUAGUUAUAGGAUAUUGUCUCUGCUUUACUAUAUCAUUAUAAAUGUUACUUUUAAUGUAAGUAAUUCCAUAUUAACAUUAAUACUAAACAUUUUGAUAACCUGGUAUAGUACAUUCAGAUGAAUUUUAUGGAUUAUAUGAACUAACAAGGAUUUUUGCCGUGCAUUUUUUUCCGUGGACCAAUGCAGACAAGUGAUUAUAGUAUAAUACUGCUGAUAUUGUUCACAAUCGAUACAUAAUGACCACUGCAAGAUAUUUGAGAUGAAACUGUGUUGUUGGAAUGGAUUGUGAAGAAUUUUGCAUAGUCAAAUCUUAGUGCAAAUAUUCCUAAUAACUAACAACUAAUAGACAAUUAACACAAAAUACUCACAACAUAUUUAUCAAGAACCAGUGGCUAAGUUUUUAUUGAUUAGUAUGUCCAUUUACUUUUUUUUGAAGAGUACUUGAUAUGGUAUAAAUGUGUAUUGUUCUAAUGAUUAAUUGAAUUAACCACAUGGAAAAAAUAGUUGAUGAGGUUAAUUGCAUAGGCAGAAACUACAUGUUGUAAUUUAUGGCAAAUGCUUCAUUUUUAUUUUGUACCAAUUUCUGUUGGAAACAAAUGUUAUCACCCAUGAAAAAUCUGAUCAAUGUUUGUAACAACAUUUCCAGCGACUUUUUCUGGAGUUUUGAAGUGGAAGUGGUUGAUUUUACAAACAAAAUAGAAUUAUAGUAAAAUACUGGCUUAACUUGCACAACUCAAAGUCUCUAUAAUAUGAACUGGAAAAUGGUUCCAUAAAGAUAACCAAACCUCAGUCGAUGGACCAAAUCUAAUAGAUGCUUAUAUAUAUUUUUACAUCUAUAGUAGAAACACAAUUUUAAAAAAUUGUAUAGUGGCUUUUUAUUCUUUGCCACUAUAAUUUUAAGAAUUUCUUGAUUGUAAAAAAGAAAAUCUCCCAGUUCUCAUCUCUAAGAUAUAAUCGGUUUUCUUAAAAAAAACCAGUAUAUUUUUAAACAACAAUAUAGUCUUUAUUAAUUGUGGUCUGUAAAAAUAGUCCUAAUACCUGAUGAAGGACGUAAGCUAUGAUGAUGUUAUACAUCGAUUUGUAUAUUUUAUUACUAUAUAGUCCUUAAAUACUGCCAAACAUUUAUGUUACGCUGUAUCACUGCCUUUGUUUAUAUUUGUUUUGACUGUGAUGUACCCCACAGAUGCGUUAACUUUUGCACUUUUAAAUGUCCAAAAUUAUAUUUUAGAAUAAUAAAAAAACUAUGUUUCUAACAUGGA